AUGCUGUCGUUUGAGUUAACGACGACCAUCGAUGCGUUAAUGACGAACGACGCGAUUGACGAUUUCGAUGCGAUGCUGCAACAUGACAAUUCAGUGUGGGAAGACGAGAAUGCAACCUCGACAAAGCCGUCGUCGUUGAAAGGCAAAGAUGCACGUAGUAUCCCGUUCUCGAAAAGAAUGUUGUUGCAAGCGUCCAAUAGACCAAGUGAAGUGUCUGCGGGCCAAAGUGGCUGA